GUCAGGGUGGGUGACGUCAUUGUGCAGCUGCUCAAGAGCGCUUCCCUCCAAGGAGCUAUGAUGCGAUGCGAUGAUGUUAUGCGCCGGGUGCGGCUGCUGGUCAAUUGUCUAACAAGUGGAGGCUUUUACAAAGCCAUGGACCGACUCGGAGGUUGUGGCCCUGCUUUCGUCCUGCUGCCUGUGCUAUAAACCUGCCUGCCCUCUCUAACCCUUCCACCUGUCCCCGAAGACCUCUCACACAACAAUCAACAACAAAAACCAAUCCCUCUGCUUUCUCGAUCAACUAGCUCGACGAAAUCAUCUCACUUUAGAGUCCAGAACUUCCAGCCACCAUGUCUCUGCACUAUCUCCCCGCCGUUAAGCCGUCAGCCAUUGCCCUCGGCACCGUCUUCAACCAGACGGCCGAGCUCGCGGUAAUGGCGCCCCUCUUCGGCCAGACCUACCAGCGCGCCAAGGCAGCCAAUAGCAAGGAGGAGUUCGCUCGGUCCCGGGAAGCCACGGGCGCCGCGGUUGCAUGGGGUACCUCGCUCGUCGGCUCGGCCCUGCAGGCAUACGGUGUCGGUGCGCUCAUCAACGCCACCGGCACCCUCAGCUACAAGGGCGCGGCAUAUCUCGGCGGCCUGAUCUUCGCGGCUACCAGCGCCCCUACCUUCAUCAGCCAGCUGCUUGUCGAGAAGCGCGCGUUGGAGCAAGUGGGUGUCAGCGUGCUGGCUAAGCUGUUCGAGACUGUCGGUCUAUCUGUUGUCCUGACCUGGUGGGGAACCCGCACCAACCCGUUCGAGCACACUGGCGCUGGUGGCACACCCCUGAGCCGGAGCCCUUUCCGGUCCGAGUAAGCGGAUAGGAUGGGAGUGGGAAGCAGAGUUGUGUCGACACGCCUUUACAUGCAUCGAGCGCACCUGAUUGAGUGACCUCAGGGUUGCUGGGACGGAAUGGGCAAUGAAUUCUGAUUUUCUUUUGUCUGUAAAUCCAUAUGGAGUUAGCAUUUGCGAAUCGGAGACUUCUGAAGUAAUCACUAUUGUGAUCCGCUCAACGCUUGUGAAGCCGGCAUCUCUUCUCUCUCUCACACUCUCCCCG